AUGGCCGCCAGCACCGCGAGUGAAGACGAGAAGUUCCUCUUCUUGGACGACGGCUUCAGCAGCAACCCCACAGCCCAGGCUGACUGGGCCGCCAGGAAGCUGGUGUGGAUCCCGUCUGAGCGGCAGGGGUUCGAGGCGGCCUCCGUUCAGGAGGACCGCGGGGACCAGGUCCUGGUGGAGCUGGCCGACGGGAGCCGGAAGCUGACCGUCAGCAAGGAUGACGUGCAGAAGAUGAACCCGCCCAAGUUCAGCAAGGCAGAGGACAUGGCCGAGCUCACCUGUCUGAACGAGGCCUCCGUGCUGAACAACCUGAAGGAGAGGUACUUCUCUGGGCUCAUCUACACGUACUCCGGGUUGUUCUGUGUGGUGAUAAACCCCUACAGAAUGCUGCCCAUCUACUCAGAGAAGGUCAUUGAGAUGUACAAGGGGAAGAAACGCCACGAGGCACCGCCACACAUCUACUCCAUCGCUGAUAAUGCCUACAGGAACAUGAUGCAGGAUCGAGAAGACCAGUCUAUUCUCUGCACCGGGGAGUCUGGUGCAGGAAAGACGGAGAACACUAAGAAGGUGAUCCAGUACCUGGCAGUAGUGGCUUCCUCACACAAGACCAAAUGCUCUGUGAGUAUGCAGCAGUCAGGAUCACAGUUAGCCUAUGGGGAGCUAGAGAAACAGCUCCUGCAGGCUAACCCCAUUCUGGAAGCGUUUGGAAAUGCCAAGACCAUCAAGAACGAUAACUCCUCCCGAUUUGGAAAAUUCAUCCGAAUUAAUUUUGACAUGACCGGCUAUAUCGUUGGAGCCAACAUCGAGACAUACCUGCUGGAGAAAUCUCGUUGUAUCCGGCAGGCUAAGAUUGAGCGCUCCUUCCACAUCUUCUACUACAUGGUGGCUGGAGCCAAGGACAAGCAGAGGGAGGAGCUUUUGCUGGAGAACUUCAGCAACUACCGUUUCCUGGUUGCGGGGCAUGUGCAGUUGCCAGGACAACAGGACGACGAGAUGUACGAGGAGACACUGGAGGCCAUGAACAUCUUGGGCUUCACGGAGGAGGAGCAGCUCGGGAUCAUGAAGGUGGUCUCCACGGUUCUGCAGUUGGGGAACAUCGAGUUUAAGAAGGAGAGGAACCAGGAGCAGGCCACCAUGCCUGACAACACAGCUGCUCAGAAGGUGUGCCACCUGCAGGGCAUCAAUGUGACGGACUUCGCCCGUGCCAUACUCACACCCCGCAUCAAGGUGGGCAGGGAGGUGGUGCAGAAGGCCCAGACCAAGGAACAGGCGGACUUUGCAGUGGAGGCUCUGGCCAAGGCGAUGUACGCACGGCUAUUCCGUUGGAUUCUGACACAUGUCAACAAGGCACUGGACAAGACCAAGAGGCAGGGCUCCACCUUCCUUGGUAUCCUGGACAUCGCUGGCUUUGAGAUCUUUGAGGAUAACUCAUUUGAGCAGCUCUGCAUCAACUACACCAACGAGAAGUUGCAGCAGCUCUUCAACCACACCAUGUUCAUCCUGGAGCAGGAGGAGUACCAGAGGGAGGGCAUCGAGUGGAGCUUCAUCGACUUCGGCCUGGACCUGCAGCCCUGCAUCGACCUCAUCGAGAGGCCGAAUAACCCCCCAGGUAUCCUGGCCCUGCUGGAUGAGGAGUGCUGGUUCCCCAAGGCCACGGACGUGUCUUUCGUGGAGAAGCUGAUGAACACUCAGGCCAACCACCCCAAGCUCUCCAAACCCAAACAGCUGAAACUCCAACCAGAGUUCUCCGUUCAGCACUAUGCUGGCAGGGUAGACUACAAUGCCUCCAACUGGCUGACCAAGAACAUGGACCCGCUGAACGACAACGUCACUCAGCUGCUCAAUAACUCCUCCAUCAAUUUCAUCCAGGAGCUGUGGAAAGACACGGAUCGUGUGGUUGGCCUGGAUACCAUGACCAAGAUGUCGAACAGUUCCAUGUCCAGUCCCUCCAAGGCUAAGAAGGGCAUGUUCCGCACCGUGGGCCAGCUGUACAAGGAGUCCCUGACCAAGCUGAUGACCACGCUGCACAACACACAGCCUAACUUUGUACGCUGCAUUAUCCCCAACCACGAGAAGAGGGCUGGGAAGCUGGACGCCCACCUGGUCCUGGAGCAGCUCAGGUGCAAUGGCGUGCUGGAGGGAAUCCGAAUCUGCCGGCAGGGGUUCCCCAACCGCAUCGUCUUCCAGGAGUUCCGCCAGCGAUAUGAGAUCCUGGCUGCCAGUGCCAUUCCCAAAGGCUUCAUGGAUGGUAAACAGGCCUGCACCCAGAUGAUCAAACACCUGGAUCUGGAUGCCAACCUGUACCGGAUCGGCCAGAGCAAAGUGUUCUUCCGCACAGGCGUGCUGGCCCACCUGGAGGAGGAGCGGGACAUUAAGAUCACCGUGGUGAUCAUCGCUUUCCAGUCCCAGGCCCGUGGCUUCCUAGGCAGGAAGGCGUUUGCUAAGAGGCAGCAGCAGCUGACAGCGAUGAAGGUGAUCCAGAGGAACUGCGCCGCCUACCUGAUGCUGAGGAACUGGCAGUGGUGGAGACUCUUCACCAAGGUGAAGCCUCUGCUACAGGUCACCCGACAGGAUGAGGAAAUGAGCCACAAAGAGGAGGAGCUUCAGAAAGCUAAGGACAUAGCGCAGAAGUCUGAGGCGGAGCUGAAGGAGAUCACCCAAAAGCACGCACAGCUCCUGGAGGAGAAGAACCAGCUGCAGGAGCGACUGCAGACGGAGGCGGAGCUGUACGCUGAUGCGGAGGAGAUGCGGGUUCAGCUGGAGGCCAAGAAGCAGGAGCUGGAGGAGGUUGUGCAGGAGAUGGAGGAGCGACUGGAGGAGGAGGAGGAGCGAGGCCAGGCCAUGCAGGCGGAGAGGAAGAAGAUGCAGCAGCAAAUACAGGAGUUGGAGCAGAACUUGGUGGGCGAGGAGGAUGCUCGGCAGAAGCUGCAGCUGGAGAAGGUGGUGGCCGAGGGGAAGAUUAAGAAGCUGGAGGACGAUGUCCUGGCGAUGGAAGGCCAGAACAGCAAGCUGCAGAAGGAGAGGAAGCUGUUAGAGGAACGGAUAGCGGACUUUACCUCCAAUCUAUCCGAGGAAGAGGAGAAAUCAAAGAACCUGACCAAGCUGAAGAACAAACACGAGUCCAUGAUAUCCGAGCUGGAGGGGCGGUUGAAGAAGGAGGAGAAAGGCAGGCAGGACCAGGAUAAGGCCAAGCGGAAGCUGGAGGGAGAGCAGGCAGACCUGCUGGAGCAGUCUGCUGACAUGCAGGCCCAGAUAGAGGAGCUGAAGACCCAGCUGGCCAAGAGAGAUCAGGAUCUACAAGCAGCAGCUGUGAGAGCGGAGGCCGAGGCCGCGCAGAAGAACAGCAGCCUGAAGCGGCUGCGGGAGCUGGAGGGGCUGCUGUCCGAGACGCAGGAGGACCUGGAGUCCGAGCACGCCGCCCGGGGGAGGGUGGAGAAGGCCUGGAGCGACCUGGGAGAGGAGCUGGAGGCCCUGAAGUCAGAGCUGGAGGACACCCUGGACACCACUGCGGCCCAGCAGGAGCUCCGGGCGAAGCGGGAACAGGAGGUCUCUCUGCUGAAGCAGAUGCUGGAGGAAGACAGGCGGGCCCAUGAGGCCCAGCAGCAGGAGUUGCGGCAGAAACACACGCAGGCUGUGGAGGAGCUCAGCGAGCAGCUGGAGCAGUGCAAACGGGCUAAGGCCGGUGUGGAGAAGGUGAAGGUGGCUCUGGAACAGGAGAGAGCUGACCUCAGCGCAGACGUGCACUCCCUGACCAGCAGCAAGCAGGACGCGGAACACAGGAGGAAGAAGGUGGAGGGCCAGCUGGCCGACCUGCAGGCCCGCUACAGCGACAGUGAGAGGCAGAAAGCCGAGCUGGAGGAGCGUGUCUCCAGGGCAACAGUGGAGCUGGACAAUGUGACCGGCCUCCUGAAUGAAGCCGAGAGCAAAAACAUCAAGCUUAGCAAAGAUGUGGCUGGCCUCAGCUCCCAGCUUCAAGACAGCCAGGAGCUGCUGGCAGAUGAGACGCGGCAGAAGCUGAACGUCUCCACACGCCUGCGGCAGGUGGAGGAGGACUGCCACGCCCUGCAGGAGCAGCUCGAGGAGGAGGCCGAGGGCAGGAGGAUCGUGGACAGGCAGGUGUCCUCCCUCAAUGGACAGCUGUCAGACUCCAGGAAGAAGGUGGAGGAGCUGAGCUACGGCCUGGAGCUCCUGGAGGAGAGCAAGCGGAGGCUGCAGCGCGACCUGGAGGGAGCCGGCCUGAGGUACGAGGAAAAGGCCUCCGCCUACGACAAGCUGGACAAGAGCAAGACCCGCCUGCAGCAGGAGCUGGACGACCUGCUGGUGGACCUGGACAACCAGCGGCAGCAUGUCUCCAACCUGGAGAGGAAGCAGAAGAAGUUUGACCAGAUGCUGGCGGAGGAGAAGACAGUCUCCUGUAAGUCUGUGGAGGAGCGUGAUCGCGCGGAGGCGGAUGUGCGGGAGAAGGAGACUCGGGUGCUGUCACUGACGCGGUCACUGGAGGAGGCGCAGAGGUAUCGUGAGGAGCUAGAGAGGAAUAACAAGGCCCUCCGUGCCGAGAUGGAGGACCUGGUCAGCUCCAAGGAUGACGUUGGCAAGAGUGUCCAUGAGCUGGAGAAGGCAAAGCGGGCGCUGGAGGCUCAGGUGGAGGAGAUGCUCACUCAGGUGGAGGAGCUGGAGGACGAGCUGCAGGCCACGGAGGACGCCAAGCUGCGUCUGGAGGUCAACAUGCAGGCCAUGAAGGCCCAGCACGAGAGGGACCUGCAGGGGCGAGAGGAGCAGGGGGAGGAGAAGAAAAGACAUCUGCUCAAACAGGUGCGAGAGCUGGAGAUGAGUCUGGAGGACGAGCGGAAACAGAGGGCCUCGGCAGCAGCUGCUAAGAAGAAGCUGGAGGCGGAGGUGAAGGACCUGGAGGACCAAGUUGAGACGAGCAGCCGAGGUCAUGACGAGGCCGCCAAGCAGCUGCGUAAGACGCAGGCCCAGGCGAAGGACCUGCAGAGGGAGGUGGAGGACUCCCAGUCAGCCCGGGAGGAGGUGCUGUCUUCCUUUAGAGAGACUGAGAGGAAGGCCAGGAGCCUGGAGGCUGACCUCCUCCAGCUGCAGGAGGACCUAGCAGCCACUGAAAGAGCUAAGAAGCAGGUGGAAGCAGAGCGGGAUGAGCUGGUAGAGGAGCUUGCCAGCAACUCCAGAAAGUCAACAUUCAGUGAUGAGCGCUACCAUCUGGAGGCUAAGAUUGCUCACCUGGAAGAGGAGCUGGAGGAGGAACAGGGGAACAUGGAUACCAUGAACGACCGCCUGAGGAGAACUGUGCAGCAGGCAGACCAGCUGAGCAGUGAACUGCAGGCGGAGCGGGCCGUCAGUCUGAAGAGCGAGAGCAGCAGGCAGCACCUGGAGAGGCAGAACAAGGACCUGAGGGCCAAGCUGCAGGACAUGGAGAGCCAGGUCAAGUCCAAGUUCAAGGCCUCUAUCGCCGCCCUGGAGGCCAAGGUGCUACAGUUGGCGGACCUUCUGGAGCAGGAGAGCAGGGAGAAACAGGCUGUUGGGAGAGGGAUUCGUCAGAAAGAGAAGAAGCUGAAGGAUUUAACCAUUCAGGUGGAGGAAGAAAGGAAGCAAGCAUUCCAUUAUAAAGACCAGGUAGAGAAGGCCUAUGUGCGGGUGAAGCAGCUGAAGAGGCAGCUGGAGGAGUCGGAGGAGGAGUCACAGCAUGUUGCUGCUGACCGCAGGAAACUGCAGCGUGAGCUGGAGGAAGCCAGCGAGGCCAACGACGGCUUGAGCCACGAGGUGUCCUUGCUCAAGAGCAAACUCAGGAGAAGACCGGAAGCAUCCUACAGCAGCCCCCCACGCCGGGCUGGGGGAGGGGUGUCAAGAGCAGCCCGGAGGGUGCUGGAAAACACAGAGGCACCUGUGGAGGAGCCUGAACAUGAUCCAGCUCCUGUGGAGGGCAACGUCAAUGGAGCCGAGUCUGCAGAAUAGAGGCACCCCCCCAUCCGGCCCCAGCCACUCUCUGACCCACUUAGAAACCCAGCCCCACAGUAUGGGCUCAUUCCAAGUGCUUAUUUUACCCCCAUUUUUUUUCUUCCUUGCUUACGAUCUGGAAAUUGAUUACGGUCCACCAUAUUUAAUGACAUUCCAACCCGUUGAAUAUUCCUCAUAGGAGC